UGCAUUUUUUUAACUUUAUGAGGAGCAUUUGAAGGCAGCACAAAACUAUAAGUGUGAUUUUGACUGACAAGACGCACUGGUGUCGCAGAGCAGCCACCUAACUGUUAUGUUUGGACGCCGCUCGUACACAGUGAGCAUGUGGACAUGCUGUGGUGUUGCUGUGUUACUACCAAUAGGCGGGACUGUGGCUCUGCAGUGUGAUUGUGAGCUGCACAGCUGGAUCAGAAGGCAGGCACGCGCACCAGCUGCGACCAGAAGACUGAGCUCCGCUGCUCUACUCCAACACACACCACAUCCAUAACUUGCUUUCGAGUGCACCAGGAGAGGACUUGUGCGCGUUGUGGAGUUAAUGUACCGUAAAAAUACCCGCAUAGCCAACUCAGAGGAGAGCCGGAAUUAACUCUAUAAAACAAUCCGUGCGUAACUCCUAAUGAGUUGUUUCGAUCACUGCUGCCUCUUGCCGCAAGACGUUUCCACUUUCUAGCCAAAGGCGCUGUGAGUUCAGUGGUGCUGGUGAUGCUACGCUUUUCAUCUCAGAGCUCACUCCACAGCUGCUGUCACUGAAGCCUCUCCAGCUAGAACAUGGGACCCUUCAAACUCUAAAGGCUGCAGCUGUCUGACUGUGGUGAUUCAAGCGAGGGGCAGCAUGCGAUAUAAGUGACUGCACAACUAUUCCAGGCACAAGCAACAGCCACGAGAGUCAACCCAGACACUGGGAAACGGGGCGGGGGGAGCCAGAGAGGAAAGGAACAAUGGAGUCCACAUCAUCGGAGCAGUCGGCCACAGUGGACGAGCUGGUGGAGGCGUGCAUCCAAACCUUCGAUGACAAGGGGACUUUGAAGGAUACUCCCUUGGUCCGGAUGUUCCUCAUGAUGCACCCUUGGUACAUCCCUUCAACCGACCUGGCUAAGAAGCUAGUGCUCAAAUCCCAAGAGGAGAGCUGCACUGCUGAGCACCGAACAAGAAUAUGCCACCUCAUCAAGUACUGGAUCUCUGAGUUUCCAGCCGAGUUCACUCUGAACCCAGAGCUGGCAGACCAGAUCAAAGACUAUAAAGACCUUUUGACCAACAAGGGCAACGAGCGUCAGAGCCAGCUCAUUGACCUUGACAGUGUGCCAUCAUAUAAAUGGAAGCGGCAGGUGACUCAGCGUGUCCCAUCAGUGUCCAAAAAGAGGAAGAUGUCCCUGCUGUUUGACCACCUCGACUCUUGUGAAUUGGCAGAACACCUGACCUACCUGGAGUACAAAUCCUUCUGCAAGAUCCUGUUUCAGGACUACCACAGCUUUGUGAUGCAUGGCUGCACAGUGGAUCACCCCAUCUGGGAGCUGUUCAUUACGCUCUUCAGCAGUGUUUCCCAGUGGAUUCAGCUGAUGGUGCUCAGCAAGCCCACAGCCCCACAGAGAGCUGCUGUCAUCGCCCACUUCAUCAGAGUGGCACAGAAGUUGCUGCAGUUGCAGAACUUCAACACACUGAUGGCAGUGGUGGGCGGCCUCAGCAACAGCUCCAUCUCUCGUCUCAAAGACACGCAGACCCACAUCAGUGCGGAAACCAACAAGGUUUUUAACAACCUCAUUGAACUGGUGACAUCAUGUGGGAACUACAGCCAAUACCGUAAGCGCUUCUCCGAGUGCUCUGGCUUCCGAUUCCCCAUCCUAGGUGUGCACCUAAAAGACCUAAUAGCUGUGCAUGUGGCGCUGCCAGACUGGGUCGACAAAGAGAAGACUCGGGUCAACCUGGCAAAGACCCAGCAACUCUACACCAUCCUUCAAGAGUUGGCGCUCAUCCAGAACAUGCCGCCUAGUGUCGAUGCCAACACAGACCUGCUCAACCUGCUAACGGUCUCUCUGGACCAGUACCACACAGAGGAGGAGAUCUACCAGAUGUCUCUACAGAGAGAGCCACGAAAGCCAGCGCAGAACUCCAGCCCCGCUCCUGCGCCCGACCCCGAGCCACCCAUGAUCGAUGAGUGGGCUGUGUCGGUGAAGCCCAGUGCUGACCCGACAAUCAUCAAGAAACACAUAGAGAAGAUGGUGGAGUCAGUCUUCAAGAACUUUGACACAGACAGUGAUGGCCACAUCUCCAGGGAUGAAUUUGAAGCAAUCAGGAACAACUUCCCUUACCUCAGCAAGUUUGGAGAACUGGACAAGAACCAAGAUGGGAAGAUCAGCAGAGAAGAGAUGAUUGAUUACUUUAUGAAAGCCAGCUCACUGCUUAACUGCAAGAUGGGCUUCAUCCACACUUUCACUGAAACCACCUACGUCAAGCCCACGUUCUGUGAACACUGCGCUGGCUUUAUAUGGGGCUUCUACAAGCAAGGCUACAAGUGUAAAGCUUGCGGGGUGAAUUGCCACAAGGCCUGCCGAAGCCGCCUGGCUGUAGAGUGCAGGAAGAGGACCAAGAGCAUCAGCCACGAGACACCGCCGGCUCUCCAGGCCAGGUCCUACAGCUUCCCCCCACCUGCCAACACCCCACCCAGCUUGCAGGAUACAGUAAUUGCUGAAGAGGAUAUAGAGACAGUGGAGGAAGGAGUGUUUGAUGUCCACCUAUAACCAGGAACCUUGAACUGAAGUGUGGUCUUUGCUGAACAGGCCAGUGACAGUCUCCAGCUUUCUAUUUUAGAAUCCCUCCUACGGUUGGUGUGCAAGAAGUUGGACACAGAAUGUGUUACAGUAUGCGAGUCUGACAGCCCUGUAAGCUGAGGAGAAUUUGCACUGAACACAAGACUCUGCCACACAGUGGACAUGUACUGCAUGAACAGCUCCACUCCUACUGCAACUCGCAUGAAUGUGACAACCAAAGUGAAUGGAAUGUCUUUUUAUGGUUUCAAUCUAACUUCUCUGUAGUUUGAUUCUAUGUUGACAAAGAGGUUUCUCUAAAGUCUUACUAUAGAUUAAAAAAAAUCCACAAAUUGUAUUUUCUUGGUGAAAUAUUAACGUCAUUUGAAGUUUAUAAUUUGAGGACACUUUGCUGCAGACUAUGGCUAUCUACUUCUUCUUUAAAACAUUAAUAUAGGGUCUUUUAUUGCCAAGAAUGUAAGUGUGCCACCCAGACUAAGCUACUCUCUUUGUGCUGUGCUUUUUACUGUUCAUCAUCUUGUUUUGAAAUACAUUUCAAUGGAUUAAUAAUCGGGACCAAUUUUGGUGUCUGAUUAAAAUAUUGAUGAUUUGUGGUGCCAGUGUGUAGUUUGAUGACAAAAACAACCAUUUACCAGCCAAUACACAGCUGAACAGACUGUGUGGACAGUUAAAAUGCUGAUGGACUUUGAAGAAUGUUAUAUUUCUAUCAUGUUUUCUUGACUAUCAGUAGCUGUGGUGUUGUUUUGUACCAGUGCAGUGAUAGAUGAUCUAUCCUCUUGUUGUACUGUGAAUGUAGCAGGAACUGAAACGCUACUCUCAGAUGAAGAGCCCAAGUUUUUUUUUUUCAGUAAA